UUCUUUUUUCAUCAAACGCCGUGUCGGCACGCAAAAAAAAAAGAGAGGAACUCACCUCCGUCACCGUUACCGUUACGUUAGAGAUAUCUCAUAUCGGCACCGGUGAAGAUGAGGAAGGAGGCGACGCCGCCGGUCUCCACCUCCUCCUCCGCCGUCGGAAGAUUCCUCGUCUGCUUCGAGACGAAGCCGUUGAUUGCUGCAUUGCUCGCUCUCACUCUCGUCAUGCUCGUUUGGAACCUCCCUCCUUACUACUCCAGCCUCAUCUCCACUGCUCGUCCCUGCUCUGCCGCCAUGGCCACGGUGAGGGAGACGGUGGCACCGGUGAAUUUGAACGGCUCUUACUCGCAGAAGUACUACUCCGUCUCUGUGAAGCCUUCAGAUCCGAACAAGCGCAUCUUCCAACCGUUCGGGAACGCCGCGGCGCUGUUCGUCAUGAUGGGAGCUUACCGCGGCGGUCCGGCGACGUUUGCGGUGGUUGGACUUGCGUCGAAGCCGAUCCAUGUGUUUGGGAAGCCGUGGUUCAAGUGCGAGUGGAUUUCGAACAAUGGAUCGUCAGUUCGAGCUAAAGCGUACAAGAUUCUCCCGGACUGGGGCUAUGGCCGCGUCUACACCGUCGUCGUCGUCAAUUGCACAUUCGCGACGAACCCUAACGCCGGAAACUCGGGCGGUAAGCUCUUGAUCAACGCCUACUACGACGAAUCCCCGAGGAAGUUCGAGCGAUUCACGGCGCUUGAAGAACUCCCCGGAUCAUACAACGAAUCCAGAUUCUCUCCGCCGUAUCCGUACGAAUACCUCUACUGUGGCUCGCCGCCGUAUGGAAACCUGAGCGCGGCACGUAUGCGGGAGUGGAUUGCUUAUCACGCGUGGUUCUUCGGCGAGAGGUCGCAUUUCGUCUUCCACGAUGCCGGAGGAGUGACGCCGGAGGUUAUGGCAGUUCUGGAUCCGUGGGUACGAGCGGGGAGGGCCACGGUUCAAGACAUACGCGACCAAGUAGAUUACGAUGGCUACUACUAUAACCAGUUCCUGAUCGUGAACGAUUGCUUGCAUCGGUAUCGACACGCCGCGAAUUGGACGUUCUUCUUCGACGUCGAUGAGUACAUUUACUUGCCCAAUGGCAACACACUCGAAUCGAUUCUCGCCGAAUUCUCUGACAACACUCAGUUCACCAUUGAACAGAACCCCAUGUCUAGUGUUCUUUGCUUGAACGAUUCAACUCAAGAUUAUGCUGGGCAAUGGGGAUUUGAGAAGCUGGUAUUCAGGGAAUCAAGAACGGGGAUUCGCCGUGACAGGAAAUACGCGAUCCAGGCCAGGAACACAUACGCCACAGGCGUUCACAUGUCUGAAAACGCCAUCGGCAAGACGCUACACAGGACGGAGACAAAGAUCCGUUACUACCACUACCACAACACCAUAACCUUCCACGAGGAACUCUGCAGGGAGCUACUGCCCGCGUCAGCCAAGAAGAAGGUGACAUUGUACAACAAGCUCCCUUACAACUACGAUGACAACAUGAAUAAGCUCGUGAAGACCGUCAAAGAGUUCGAGCAGAGAACCCUCGGGACAAACCAGAAAGCAAAGAAUUUCUCGUGACGACGACGAUACCCGGGUUUUUGUCUAUAUAAAGGUAUAGAUGUUUCUUUUACUUGCCUCAUUGAUCCCCUUUCUAUUUCAUUAAUAACAUUUGACAAGGAAAAAAAAAAUCAUUGAUAUGUGUUCUCUGCUGAGCUUACCGUUAGGCAGCAAUUUUGUUCACUAUAUACGUCCAUUGGGGCCGUCUUAUUGGGUUUGUUUUUCCUCUUCUGUCUUCAGUUGGAUAAAUUGGCAUGAUAAUGAAGUGAUGUAAGUGAUCCUCUAAUUGUUUUGGAAUCAUUUGUGUUAGGAUACAAAUCCUAAAUGGUAUUUUUGUAAUUAUUAUGAAGAAGAUGGGGUGUUAUCUGUUUCGUGGAA